UCCGACAAUAUACGACCAAUCGACAACGACAAAUCGGCCUUUUGAUAACGAUCGCGAUCGCAGCAAGUCAAUUAUCUCCUUAACAAGAUGCGUUUCUCUACAACUCUCGUCUCCGCGGCCCUUCUCGCCGUGGCUCAGGCCGGUGUUCCCGCCGUGAGCCUUGAGUUCCAAUCUUGGGAGUCCUGCGAUAUCGGUGCUCCAGCCCGUGGUGAACCCAAGUCCAAGGCCAGUCUCGUCGCUACUUCUGUGACUUGUGAAAAGACCACCGUCAACCGUGACUGGAGCAUCGAUCACUAUUCGUUCAAGGCCUACCUUGCCACCAAGGAGUCAGUCUUCUGCAGCGGUGUUCACGUCUGGAACAACGCCGACUGCUCCGGCGAUGACGACUACUUCAUGCCCCUGACCGGCGAGCCCGUUGUUCAGGGCGUCUGUCUCCCUGAAUUCUUGGAUCCUGGCUUCGUUUCCUUCAAACUUGAGUGCGGUUACCCCAGUAUCCACGGCGCCGAGCUUGGCGCCGGUGGUGAGGGUGGUGAAGGGGGUGAUGCUGAUGACAACGACUCUGGCUUUUAAGUAAAAUCAGGACGAGCGCGAAUUAUCGUGAUGGCAUAAUUCUUCUUCUAUCCUGUUUUAUUCUAUAAUUAGU